AGAGACAAGUUACGUAUGCACUUGGGGGGGGCGGGAAAUCUAAAAUUAGCCCGUGCACGUGGACGCGGGCACGUGAUAGCGAAGACCACCUGCGCAUGCGCAAGAGUCGCAUUGCGCGUACGCGUGUGUGUGAGAGUGCGUGCAACAUGGCCAACUUGAAGGUGGGGAUAAUAGGAGGAACAGGACUGGAUGAUCCAGACAUUCUCUCUGAAAGGGCAGAGAAACACGUCAACACUCCAUUUGGAAAACCGUCUGACUGUCUCAUCACAGGGACGAUCCAGGGAACACCAUGUGUUCUGCUGUCAAGGCACGGAAGACGGCAUGGCCUCUCACCUACUCAAGUCAACUACAGAGCCAACAUGUACGCUCUCAAGGAGGAGGGGUGUACCCAUGUGAUAGUCACCACAGCCUGUGGGUCUCUGCAAGAACACAUCCACCCAGGAGACAUUGUCAUUAUCGACCAGUUCAUCGAUCGCACGACUAAACGCCCCCUUACUUUCUACGACGGGACUCCCGGAGGUCCGGUUGGGGUGUCCCACAUCCCGAUGGCCGACCCGUUCUGCAAUCGGACGCGCUCCGUCUUGGCUCGUGCAGUCGAGAGCCUGGGAAUUAGUUUCCACAGAAAGGGGACGGUGGUAACCAUCGAGGGCCCCAGGUUCUCGACGCGGGCAGAGAGCUGUCUGUUCCGUAGCUGGGGUGCUGAACUGGUGAAUAUGACCACUGUGCCCGAGGUCUGCCUGGCCAAAGAGCUCGGUAUGUGCUAUGCCAGCAUUGCUCUACCCACAGACUAUGACUGUUGGAAGGGACAACCAGUCAAUGUGGAAUGGUGAUGGAAAGCCGAUGAAGAAGAGCAGCGACAGUGGCAGUUCGUCUCAUCAUAAAGUCAGUCUCCUAACUCUACAGAAGACUGGACGGACACCAUCAAAAGACCCAGGUAAGUAAUACACGAUAACUACGCUAAUAUCUAUAGAGUUGGUUCUUCAUACACAAACACUCUUUGCUGUGUGCACCUAC